CUGUUGGCGCUGUCUUGAAUAUUGAUCUGAUGAAACACGAAAUCAACCUAGACGGAUUACUGGAUUGAUUAUGUGUAUUUGGAUUGUUAAAUAGACUAAACCAAGAUAACCUUUUAGCUAGUUUACACAUUAUUUAUCUUGAAUACAAAUGAGUUGCUAGUUAUUAGCCAACUACUCUACUAGCGAACUAACUCAGACGUCUAUGUUAGAGACCCUUGACUAUUGAGUGAGCGUCUAGCUAGUCUUAAUGACUUACUAAUCAUCUGGUUGACUUUAUGUCGGAGUCGUGAGUUUGUGUUAUCUAAAGCUGUAACGUUAGAGAUGUCAGAGAGGAGAAGAGACAGCCGUAGCUGGGACUGGGACAACCCUCAGUGCCGAGCUCAGAUGGACCAAAUCUUCUUCCGCCGGCAUGACUACAUCCAGAACGGAACCACGGAACACAAAGAGUUCUGGAACUUCUUCGACCGCUUCCAGAGGUUCAAAACCAAGAAGGACAUGUCAGGGGGCAGCAGGAAGGAAGACAUGGAGGAGGGCAGAGACAGGAAGAAGACUGUAGAUCUGGGUCUGCCUAAAGAAUAUGACGCCCGCUAUCGGAUCAACGUGUCAGUUUGUACCAAAGACACAGAGGAGAGGCUGGAGACGGGGAGGUCUGAUCAGAGACACAGACACAGCUCCUCAGGCCCAGGGAGUCAGGAGGUGGCUGAUUGUCGCCUGGCUUUGCUGCACUUCCUAGACUUCAGCCAGAGGCAGAGCUUUGGGAAGCUGGCCAAGUUGAGGACGGAGCAGAAAGCCCUUCCUAUCUUUCAGUACCGGGCCCGGAUCGUGGAGUUGGUGCGGGCUAACCCGGUAGUAGUGGUGGCGGGAGAUACAGGCUGUGGAAAGUCCACCCAGGUCCCCCAGUACCUCCUCUCCUCUGGGUUCAGUCACAUAGCUUGCACUCAGCCUCGGCGGAUUGCCUGUAUCUCCCUCGCCAAGAGGGUUAGCUUCGAGAGUCUCAACCAGUACGGCUCCAAGGUUGGCUAUCAGAUCCGUUUCGAGGGGACCCGUACCCCGUCCACCAAGCUGUUGUUCCUGACAGAGGGGUUACUACUGAGACAGAUACAGGCUGACGGGGCCCUGGAGCAGUACCAGGUGUUGAUUGUUGACGAGGUGCAUGAGCGACACCUCCACUGUGACUUCCUCCUUGGGGUCCUGCGCUCCCUCCUGGCCACCCGCCCCGACCUCCGCUUGGUCCUCAUGUCAGCCACCAUCAACAUAAAACUCUUCUCCAGCUACUUUAAUAAUGCACCUGUACUGCAGGUACCGGGCAGGCUCUUCCCUAUACAGGUGAUCUACCAGCCCAUCCCACAAGAGGAGCAGCCGUCCCGCUCGGAGAAGCUGGACCCCCGCCCAUACCUCCGUGUGCUGCAGGGCAUCGACCAACGCUACCCGCCCGAGGAGAGGGGCGACCUGCUUCUGUUCCUCAGCGGCGUGGCAGAGAUAUCUACCAUCUUAGAGGCAUGCCAGGCCUACGCAACACACACCAAGCGCUGGAUCGUUCUGCCCCUCCACAGCACCCUGUCCCUGGUACAGCAGGAUAAGGUGUUUGACAUCUCUCCUCCGGGAGUGAGGAAAUGUAUCAUCUCUACCAACGUGGCAGAGACAUCCGUCACCAUCGACGGGGUGCGCUUCGUCGUCGACUCGGGCAAGGUGAAGGAGAUGAGUUUUGACCCGAAGGCUAAGAUGCAGCGUCUGCAGGAGUUCUGGAUCAGUCGAGCCAGUUCUGAGCAGAGGAAAGGCCGGGCCGGGAGGACAGGACCUGGGGUGUGUUAUCGGCUCUAUUCUGAGUCCGACUACGAGGCCUUCGCACCUUACCCUGUCCCAGAGAUACACAGGGUGGCCCUCGACUCACUCGUACUACAGAUGAAGAGUAUGAGUCUGGGAGACCCACGAUCCUUUUUGUUCAUCGACCCUCCUCCCGCGGCCAGUAUCCAGACUGCAGUAACCUACCUCAGGGAACAGGGGGCGCUAGACGCUAGAGGAGAUCUCACCUCUAUCGGAAGCCUGCUGGCACAACUUCCUGUUGACGUGGUCAUAGGUAAGAUGCUGGUGCUGGGGUCAGUGUUUAACUUGGUGGAGCCGGUCCUGACGGUGGCUGCUGCCCUCAGUGUUCAGUCCCCAUUUCUCCGCUCGGCCCAACACAACCCCGACUGUGCCACAGCACGCCAGCCCCUGCACUCCAACCAGGGAGACCCCUUCACCCUGCUCAACACCUUCAACGCCUGGGUGCAGGUGAAGGGGGAGAGAGGAGGUGCCAGCAGGAAGUGGUGCAGGAGGAGAGGGCUGGAGGAACAGAGGCUUUAUGAGAUGGUCAACCUACGAAGACAGUUCAAGGAGCUGUUGCGUAGUCAUGGUCUGUUGGAGGUGCUGGAGGAGAGGGCUCCCUCUGGUGGAGAGCGAGGACAGCGCAGGGAGAGGUUGACCGAGAGGAGGAAGCUACAUCAGCUGAAGAGAGAACAUGACCUGGCAGAGGGCGGUAGGAGGAAGGUCCUGAGACUGGAGGAGGGACAGGAUGGGGAGGGGGAUUCGGGGUCGGACACAGAGCAGGGCGCCACGGGACGGGACGGGAAAGACAAGGAGCAGACCGGUGGACACAACCUGGACAUACAGGAAGUGAAGUUCAAGCUUCGCCACAACGUGUCAGAGCUCCAGGAAGCGGCGUCGGCCAGCCAGGACCUGUCGUCAAGGCAACAAGCCCUCCUGAAGCUGCUGCUUUGUCGAGGCCUUUACCCCCAGCUGGCGUUGCCAGACGAACACAAUGCCAACCGCAAGGACUCAGAGCAGGUGUUCCACACCCGUAACAAGCAAGGGGUAGUGAUCCACCCCACCAGUGUGUUUGCCAGCGACCCAGAGGUGCUGCACGUCCCUGAGGAGGGGAACAGAGAGGGGCCAGACAAGGGGGAGAGCAGCAAACACCAGCUCCUAGCCUUCGUUACUCUACUUGAGACCAACAAGCCUUAUGUAUCCAACUGUGUCAGAGUCCCAGCCUUACAGGCCCUGUUGCUGGUAGCUAACUCCUUGGACAGUAAUGCUGACUGUACCAGGCUGGUGGUGGAUGGCUGGUUGGAGGUUGGACUGACAGGAGAGGGGGCUCUGAAGGUUCUGUCCACCUCCCUCACUCUCAGGGCCGACUGGGAGCGCCUCCUGCUGGCCCAGCUGGGACAGGGCACUCUGGGGGCCGGAGCGGGGAGCAGGGCCAAGGCUGGGAGGGGAGAGGGGCUGGGGGUACCUGGGCUCUCCCGUAAAGACCUGGAGAAACUCAGUGAAGGACUGGUCCGCUUCCUGCUAUACACUGAGGUGAGCUACAGUCUACGUCGUUUGACAGGCCUGCAGGUACAGAACCUCUACGUAGGUCCCCAGGCCCAGUCCGAGUUCUCUGAGCCCCAUGCCCCAAACCCCCUUUUCCCUGGGGUGGAGGCGCAACCUGACACCAUCAAGGGAGGCCUCCAAGUCACCAAAUACUUCACCUACAACUGCCUCACUGACUCUAAGGACCUCUACAGUGAGUGUCUACGUACGUUCUGGUCCUGUCCCCACUGUGACCUGUACAGUCCUGUCACACCGCUGGAGAGGAUGAGCCACGAGGCCACCUGCAGGCCGCCUGGGGAACAGCAGGACAACCAGGACAAAGAGGGUGAUGAUGUGAAGGCAGCCUCCUCUUCCUUCUCUGUUUCCAGCCUGGCCAGAGUCUACCACUGUGAUGUCUGUGACAAGGACCUGACGCUCACUUCUACAGAGAUCCUCAAACACAAGAGACAGCACAUGCACUCUGGACGUUGAAAUAGAGAUCCUUAAACACCAAGAGACAGCACAUGCACUCUGGACGUUGAAAUAGAGAUCCUUAAACACCAAGAGAAAGCACAUGCACUCUGGACGUUGAAACAGAGAUCCUUAAACACCAAGAGACAGCACGUGCACGUUGAGAGACACUAAAGUUUCCUGCCUAAAUCACCUGAUCAGGACAAAGUAAUGGCCUUCAAUUAACUGCUAUGGAGAAAUCAACAACCUGAAGGGUUUCAGUGAAUACUGUUUUAUAAUAAAAUCAAGAGUCACGCCUC